AUGGCGACGCCUCUCGGCCUUCUGGGCUCCGCGUCGUCGGCUCCUCCCAGCUCGCCGGGGUCUUCGUUUCUGCGUUGUCGAGAGGCGCCAGCUGCGCUCGCGAGGCCCCAGAGCGCGCCUGACUCCUGGGCAUGCAGUCGCCGUCCUGUGGGCGUCGCGUCUCUCCUUUCUUCGCCGUUUCGCGCGGCAGCGGCUCUGACCAUGGCGGCAGCCGUGGCAAGUCAAGCGCCCUCGCUGACUGCGCUCCUCUCCUCCAUGUGCACCCAGUUUGCUCCAGCUCCUGUCGCGCCUCUUGCCUUCUCGCAUCCCUUCCCCGCUGCUUGCCUGCCGAGUACGAGCAAACCUGGCGCGUCCCAUCCUCUCUCUCACGGCGUGCCGACGACCUUUCUAGCCUCACCCACCUGCGCGGCGUCGCCGCUGUCGCUGUCGUCCAUCCUCCAGCAGCCUGCUGGCCGCGGGGGGCCUUUGGCGUCGCCCUCGGCGUGGCAGGGGCGUCUCUUCUCGGUGAUGCCGGCGGCCACUCUCGCGUUGGCGGACCAGGCAGAGAAACCCGAGUCUUUGCGGCACUCCGCGGACGCCUCGCCUUCGCAUCCGGCCUUCGACAUCACCUCGCAAGAGGCGGUUCCAGAGCUGCAUCUGACAGCGACGGAGUACGUCCACAAGAAGACAGGCGCGCGCGUGAUGAGCCUUACCGUGCCUGAGAACGAGACAGAAAAGGUGUUUUGCAUCUGCCUGCGCACGCCCGUGGCGGACUCCACGGGAGUGCCUCACAUUCUCGAACACAGCGUUCUGAGCGGCAGCAACAAGUACCCGCUCAAAGAGCCCUUUGCAGAACUGCUCAAAGGCAGCAUGUACUCGUACUUGAACGCGUCGACGUACCCAGACCGCACCUGCUACCCUGUCGCUUCCGUGAACGACAAGGACUUCUACAACCUCGCCGACGUGUACUUUGACGCUGUGUUCCAACCUCGAGCGAUUCGCGACGAGACCGUCCUGCUGCAGGAGGGCUGGCGGCUCGAAGUCACAUCGGAGGACGCGAAGGCCGAGGGCGACGCCGUGCGACUUCGCGGCGACGGAGAGCUCGACGAGAGCCGGAAGAGAAAGCGGAAACUGGCGUUCCAAGGCGUCGUUCUGAACGAAAUGCGCGGCGUGUACUCCUCCCCAGAGGCUCUGCUCUGGAAGGCCCAGAUGGAGACGCUCUUCCCGGACAUCCCGUCGUACGCCCACGACAGCGGAGGCGAUCCGCAAGACAUCAAAACGCUCACCUUUGACGCUUUUAAGGAGUUCUACAACCGAUUCUACCACCCUUCCAACGCAAAAAUCUUCUUCUGGGGGUCAGACGAUGUCAUGCGGCGCCUUGACUUCGUGGACAAAAACCUGGAAGCUCUGGAAGUCCCGAAGACCUGUAACCGGGCGAUUGAAGCAUCUUCAGUUGUCCCUAGUCAGCCGCUGCUUCCGGCGCCCACACGAGUCACGCGGGUUUUUCCCGCGCCGAAGGAGCAACUGGAAGAUCUCGUGACGGUGAACUUGGUUCUCGAUCCCAUGGGUUUUCCGGUUCCCACGCCGUUUCAGCGCCUGAGCCUGACUAUUCUGAGUCACCUUCUCAUGGGCACGAGCGCGAGUCCCCUCUACCGCGCGCUCACCGAAAGCGGGCUCGGAAAGCAAGUCAUCGGCGGCAUUGAAGACGGUUUGAAGCAUCUGCUCUUCUCCGCCGGGCUAAAGGGUGUGCCACAACAGAGCGAGGGAGGCACGAGUGCCGUGGACAAAAUCGAGGAAAUUGUCUUAGAAUGUCUCGAGAAGCACGCGCGGGAAGGCUUCACAGAUGAGGCGAUCGACGCCUCGAUCAACAGCACGGAGUUCCGACUCCGCGAAUUCAACACGGGCAGUUUUCCUAAGGGCUUGGCCGUCAUUCAAGAGAUGACUGCCGGGUGGACCGAAGAUCGGGACCCGGUUGACGGCCUGCGCUUCGAAGGCCAUUUGGAGGAACUGCGUCGCCGGCUGAAGAGCGGCGAACCGCUUUUCGAAAACCUUCUGAGGAACUACCUGCGCUCGGGCCUCCUGUCUGCUCUGUGCUCUGCUGCGUCGGCCAGGCACUUCAUCGGCAACACUCACCGCGCCACGAUUCACCUGCGGGCGGAUCCCGAUGAAGAGGCGCGAAGAGAGGCGAAAGACAAAGAGGAGAUCGAAGAGGUGGAAGCUUCGCUGUCGAGUGAAGAACUCGACGCCCUCGAAACGCAGACGAUCGAACUGAAAGCGAAACAGAUGGCCGAAGACCCGCCAGAAGCCUUGCGGACGCUACCGACGUUGACUCUCCAGGACGUUGAUGCGGAAGGCGAGGAGAUUCCGACGACGAUCGAGUCUUACCUCGACGGCCGCGCUGCCUUACUGCGCCAUGCUCUCCCCACAGCCGGAAUUCUUUAUGUAGACUUGGCAUUCCCGCUCCACACCUUGACCCUGGAUGAGCUGAGAUACCUCGCCCUCUUUGGUCGUCUUCUGGUCGAAGCAGGCACGUCGACGAAGGACGAGGCAGCCAUUGUACACCACAUUGGCAGAUACACGGGCGGGAUCUCUUCCGUAACAGACAUCCGCACGCUUCAUCCGAACCCGCGGGAAAUCGCUGACCCAUAUCAGUCGGCGGGCUAUUUCAUCAUUAAAGGGAAGGCUCUGAAGUCGCGCAUUCCCGAGUUGUUUUCGACGAUUGCCGAGAUCAUGACCGACGCGAACCUGGGAAAUGGCCGCAGAGGAAAAGAAAUCCUCAAGGAGACGCUUUCAUCCUUGGAAGCAGCCUUCCUCCACUCUGGACAUGCGAUGGCCUCGUCGAGGAUCUUGGCGUCCUUGACUGUCACCGGCUACAUUAGCGAACAAAGACAUGGGCACGCGUAUCUCGAGUUCAUCAAGGACUUGAAGAAACAGGCUGACGAGGACUGGUCUCCAAUCCAGGAGAAACUCGUCACGAUCCGAGAGAAGCUGCUGAAGGCGCAGCGUGAACAGUUGCUGAUCAACUUGACGGGAGACGAGACGACCCUCGAGGCGGCGACUUCGCCGGCGCAUGCAGGCGGGCGGGCACUGGCUGAGGCUGUCCAGGCUCUGCGCACAGGUGCUUCCUCCCAUCACGCGUGUCUCGAUGGCAAGCGAGGAGUUCACCCUUGCCCGUGGGGGGCGGAGCUGAAGAAGAAGCAUGGCCUUCUCCAAGUCAAGGAAGAAGGCACCGUUGGCGAAGGCUUCGUUGUCCCCACGCGGGUGAACUACGUCGGCCUGGGUGGGCGACUCUUCGCUCCGGGCGAGCCUUACGUCGGUGCCUCUGCUGUAGCAGUGCGUGCGCUGUCGACGGGAUACAUCUGGGACAACAUUCGCGUGGUGGGAGGGGCGUACGGCAGCUUCUUUCGCUCGGAUUUCACGGGAACUUUCCUCUUCACGUCCUACCGGGAUCCACAUCUCCGAGACACACUGAAGAGGUACCUGGGGGCGGGUGCUGGGCUUCACCAAUUCGCCGAAAAUUUGGACGAGCGUAGCCUAACGCGUGCCGUCAUCGGCGUUCUUCGCGACCUCGAUCAGCCGACGCCGAACGAUCAGAAGGGCUACCGUGCACUCUGGCAGACCAUUCAGGGCGAAACGAAGGAAGAUAGGCAAAGAUUUCGCAAAGAGGUGCUGCAAACGACCGCAGCCGAUAUUCGCGCGUUCGCUGAUCGACUGGAAGCGCAGCUCGGUGGAGAGGCGCGGAGGCGCCAGUUGGAGGAGGGCUCUCUGCUGGAACGCGAGAGAGUCGCAGCCUCUUCGCUUUCCGCCGACGAGGCGCUGAAGACGCCGAGUCUCGUUUCCGUCGUCGUCGGCAGCAAAACGGCCUUCGACGAAGCUUCGAGGCAAGAUCCUGCGAUCGUCUACAAAAUGAAACGCGUCAUGGGAGACGGCGCAGCAGAUCCGGAAGACUCUGCAUGA